GUUUGGGGGUAGUGCCUGCAGAAAGACCCAGCUAGCAGCUAAGAAACCAACUAUCCCGAGUGUUUGUACUGGUUUUUGGGAUGCAGAUUUGAACUGCCUUGGGUUGUUUGGUACGGUGUGAUUAGAAAGCGUUCCCCGUCGCUUGGCGUGUGCUCCUGGGUGAGUCCCCGCAGGGUGCCGAGGGAAGGGACGCGUCACCCUGUGUCCCCGCAGCCCUCGGCAGCCACCGGGGCUGCACCAACCUCACCAACAGGAGCUGAGCUUCCCCGAACUACGUUUUGUUGGUGGGGCACAGGUACAAAUGGCAAUCGGUGUUUUGCCCAGUGCAGCCCGGAUAACAGACCAGAGAAUGCAGAACCUCUGUCUCAUUACCUUCAUUUCUGUGGGUUUUUUUGUUCGUCAGACCAGCUUUUUGGUGUGAAUACUGAGGAUGAACACUUUGAAACCUAGAGUAUAAUAAGGUUUUGUUUCUUUGUUUUACAGUGAUGAGGAAAAGAUAGAUGUGUAUCAAUCAAGAGCCUAUGGAGAGUAAACCCAGCUUUUUUUCUGCUUGCUUAAAUUACAUAUAUGCUUAGGAAUGGAGAAGUAAUACAGAGUAACCUCUGGAAUGACUCUUCAUGAUUCCCAUCCACUAUGUAUUGUUGCACCCUGGCUUUCCCUUUAGGAGAGAAAUUGCACUUAUCCUACCUGCAUGCUUUUUAUACCUUGCACCACUUUGUUGUUAUGAAUGUUUAGUGCAUACUUCAUGCUUCACCUUAGCACUUCGGCAUUUUUGUGUGCAGCAAGAGGUUUUCCCACUGAGCCUCUUUAUCUUUUUCCCAACUGAGGACAGUGCUCUUUGAGACAGCUGAGAAGGAAAACCUUUAGAGUUGCCAGUAGAUUUGGGGCGGUGGUCAGCAAGGAGAGAGUGCUGGGAAGUCCUUGAAAGGGAAUUGAAGCAGCGUGCUUCCUAAUGAUAGCUGGGAGAAGGUCACAAAGGAACAGAGAUGGGCCCAGGACAGAAUUGAAGACCUGGGAAAGAAUAACAGAAUCACAGAAUGUUAGGGAUUGGAAGGGACCUCAAAAGGUCAUCUAGUCCAAUCCACCUGCUGGAGCAGGAACACUUAGAUGAGGUUACACAGGAAGGCGUCAAGGUGAGUUUUGAAUGUCUCCAGAGAAGGAGACUCCACAACCUCCCUGGGCAGCCUGUUCCAGUGCUCUGGCACCCUCACUGAGAAGGAGUUUCUUCUCAAAUUUAAGUGGAACCUCUUGUGUUCCAGUUUAAACCCAUUACCCCUUGUCCUACCAUUGGUUGUCACCGAGAAGAGCCUGGCUCCAUCCUCGUGACACUCACCCUUUAUAUAUUUAUAAACAUUAAUGAGGUCACCUCUCAGUCUCCUCCAAGCUAAAGAGCCCCAGCUCCCUCAGCCUUUCCUCAUAAGGGAGAUGCUCCACUCCCUUCAUCAUCUUUGUUACCCUGCGCUGGACUCUCUCCAGCAGUUCCCUGUCCUUGAACUGAGGGGCCCAGAACUGGACACAGUAUUCCAGGUGUAAUACAAGGGACAUGAUCUGUUUCUUAGAGAGAGGGACCUGUGGGCAGCAGUGGGACUGACCAGCCCAUGCACCUGAGGAGGUGUUUCCAUGGAGUGGCAGGAGGACAAGAAUAUCUGUAGGCAGAAGGAGAGAGAUAACAAAGGAAGAUGUUUUGAGCAAUGGGCGUAAAGAGGGCGGAGAAAGAGAGAUACUUGACACUUCUUUUCGCUCAUUCAGAAUGAAGAAGAGGAGAAAGAGCAGCAUUCCGCAGGACAGAGCCUGUUUCUUGCAAAUGGUGUUGGGAUCCUGGGCCAAUGAAGAGACCAUAGUGGUGCAUUUGGCAUCAACAAUGUCCGGAGCUGAACAGGGCUGGCUCCCGCUGCAGCGGUAACACACAUUCCAGCUUCUACAGUUGGUGAUGCUGGAUUUUGUAAGGUUAGGAAGCCUGUUUAUUGUAGCUGCAUUUGGUAGUUGUGCAUGGUGGUGCACUUAGAUUCCCUGAGAUAAUUCAGUUACAGACAGCACGAGCUUCUCAGUUGAGCUGAAAGCCUGAAUCCAUGCUCAUCACCAUGGUACAGUUAAUGCCACUGACAGUAGUGGCAUUUAAUACUGGGGUACAGGCAAUGGCCCAUCAAAAAAAAAGACCACUUUGUCAUUUCAGGCACCCUGUACGAGUCUUCAGGUUUGGAUGCAAACCUUUCUCUGAGUGAUUAAAAGAAAAAGGUGGUUCCAUCUCCAGGAAACACCCAGUGCUAGUAAAAUUACUUCUCCGUAAUAGUCCUAGAAAGGAGAUCAAAGGAGAUAAGAUCAGAUUGGAAUGAGAUGGCAUCAGCUAAAGAAACAGUGCCGGAAUUAACAGUAAGGAAAAUGAGCACGGAUGAAUUCAGUAGAUGCGAAAGUUACUGGACCUGUCGGGCUGGUCACUGCCCAGUGAGCUGUGGAGAAACACACCCAGCUCUGCCGCUGCCGUGUCCUUUAUCUGGAGCACAGCUGGGAACCAUGUGGAUGCUUAACAGGUCUGACUGAGCCGGGCACCUACAGAACCUUCACUGGGAAGGGAAGGGACUUCCCCAGAGUGGUUUGCAUGUGGAAACGACCUCCUGCACAGAAAAUGGGCCAGAAGGUCUCACACGAGGACAACCAAGAGAGCGAAGCUGAAACUCUAGUCAUCUGCGAAGUCUUCAGCCAGGGGGUGGUCCAUGCAUCUCAAAGGCUGAAGGACUAUCUUGGUUUUGUGGAUCCUCAGAGCAAAUUCCAGCCAGCCACAAACACGCUGAGCGAGAUCUUUUUGGUCGACUUCAUCAGCUUCUGCAUGGAAAAGGGAGUGGAGGAACGUAUCACGACCAGCAAAAUGACCAAGCAGCAGUCCUCCCUGUUUGGAGUGGACUGGAUCUGGACUCUGUUUGGAGCUGACAAGCAGAUCAAGCUUCAGAUCGCCGUGCAGGCUUUACAGCCGGCCGAGCUUUCCCGUAGCGAAGGCGUCUCGGCGGAGGACGGCUGCCGGGAAGCCGUGCUGGCCGACGAGCGCUUCCAAAACAGGAGCAGGUUUGAGAAGCUGGCGGAAUUCUGCCGCCUGGUGGGACGGGACUGUCUGGGCUUGUUCAUCAUGUUCGGUGUGCCAGGGAAGCCCAAGGACAUCCGAGGAGUCAUGCUAGAGAGCGUUGCCAAGGAGGAGCGAAAAUGCCGCCUGUCGGGCAGGAAUGCGCUGCGGCAAUUUGUCACCAGCACCGACAGCUUCCUGCCCGCGAAAGACAUGUUGGAAAACUUCCUCAGCGCAGAAAGUGGACCGAGAGAGGUGGGAAACGUGUACAUAAGCUUUCUGUGAACCGCUCAUCAACAGCAGUGGCUCUGCACGCUGGCACCAGAGGCUGCCUGGGGCUCGGCUGUCCAUCCCUUGCUGUUCUUCUCCAAUGCCGUUCCCUCCACCCCCUUCUUUCCCGCUCUCUCCUCCACCCAUCGCGUUCCCUGAGCUCCCGCAGAAGCCAGGCUGAGUCAGUCUCUCCAGGUUUUCAACAACAGGAUGUACCUGCCAGUAAAAUGUGUUUGUAGAAGGCACUUCAUUUUUCCAGAACAUUUUGUUCGCCAGCCGUUAAGUUUUGGCUGGAGCUGCUGAAAGCUUUGUCACCCUGAGUCUUUGGGAGGUCGAGUUAGACUUGAAUUGACUCACAGCCUUUUGUUUUCUGUGCAGUAGAUUAUUUUUUUUCUGUAGUAAGAUGUUGAGGCUGUAAUAAAGAGAAUGUAGUGGUGGUGCUGGGCAGAAGGUUUGCACAGAGCACAAAGGACAGUACCAGGACUUAAAAAUGCAGUUUUGGAGGCAUUCGCAACUAAGAGGAAAAGCCCUUCCCUGCAGCAGAAAUGAGCUGCGUGACAAACUCGUAAUUACCUGCCCAGUUAAAGCAGAUCGGUGCCAGGUUACGGAGGGCCUUGGAGCUGUGACCAGGACAGGCUUGGUCCAGCUGCAAAGCCAGUUCUUGCUGAGUGACGGUGUCAGGCCGAGGGGUGGCAAAAGGCAGUGCCGGGUGUUAAAGAGAACUGGCUGGUGGGACCUUUCGUUGGGUGGGCUCCUGACCACUCACGGCAAUAGAUAAAAAUCUGGAGGAGGCAAAAUUAUUUCACUUUGAAUUUCGUUUUCAGUAGUUUAGCAGUUAGUUGCGUUUAUGGACUGAUCUAUUCAAUUUCCCUCAGCUUUUAGUGGAGAAAGUGGGAUUUUGGAAUUGCCCAACUGUAGUUAAUUUUGGCUGCUGUUGACCAGUGAAGGAAGACUUGAUCAGUUUUCAAACUGGUUUGUAGCUAUCUGAAUAGUUUUGUUGGUGCCAAAAGUCCUCUGCCUGUAGUUUUUGUAUAAUUCGAUUCAUUUUAUUUAAAAUAAUAAAAAAUAAUUUCAAAAGCUUAUUCAUAUUUUACUAUUUACUAUGUGAGUUGUUAUAAAACAUGACAGCCGAGAAAUAAAUGUUAUUUAGACAGCCAUUAAAAAAAAGUGUAAAGAAGCUGCAGGAUCGGUGCCAGAAGUUUUCACAGCGUUUCGUGGCAUCGGUGUGGGGGCUGAAAGGUGAACUGAAAUAAAAACAAACCCAAAGAGAA